AUGGCAAAUGUCGAUGAAUGGGCAACUUUAAAUAAUUUACCACUGAACGCGGAUAAGACGAAGAUUAUGGUUGUUGGAGGGAAACGUUCUACUGUUGCCACAGGCAUUGAUAUUAACUUAAAUGGCUCAAACAUUUCUCAAGUGAGUAACGCUAAACUUCUGGGUGUGGGAGUUGAUUCAGAACUGUCGUUUGAUAAUCGCGUUAAUUCUACUUCAAAGAAAAUUUCAAAGCGACUUGGAAUUUUGAAGCGA